GCUCUCUGCUUUGUAUUUUGGUACAAUACAAUUUAGUUGUGCUUUAGCCAUUCAAAAGUAAAAAGCGUUACGAGCAAAUUAGAAAGAUCAACAACUGGCAUAGCCGAUUGCAAUCAGCAGAGAGUAAAAAUUUCAACCUAACAAAAAUAUUCGUAUUCAUUCAUAACAAAAACAAGAACAGCUGCCAGUGAUUAUUUUAUAUGCAGAUAUUUAUCAUAUCAUCGCAUAACAACACAGAGUGGCUUGCUCACUGGAGAUCGCACUCAGUUGCUCAGUGACCCUGGUGUAUACUCAAGUAGCAUUUGACUUUGAAAGGUAUGUAAAUUGUACGAAAAAUGAUGAGCAAGAAACUGCAAACGGCUACUCAGCUCUUCUACAAAAAUAUGCUCAGAGCGGGUAGCAAACAACACUCUCAUUGUGUGAUGCGUUGCUUAUCUGCGCAAAUCCCAGCGAAUGUCAAAGCGCACAACUUUAACCCGGCGCACCUGCAUCACAUCGGCAAAAGUCCGUUAGUCUAUCGAAAUGUUGGACAAGAACUAGAAAGGACCGCGGCUGUGUAUGGCAGUACGGAAUCUAUUGUUUCAUGCCACGAACAAAAGCGCUACACAUACCAAAGCCUCCUUGAGGAAGUCGAUCGUGCGGCUGCUGGUUUACUGAAACUUGGUUUGGAACAAGGAGAUCAUGUGGGCAUUUGGGCGCCCAACAACAUGCACUGGUAUCUGACUAUGUUAGGUGCUGCACGCGCUGGUUUGGUAUCGGUCGGCAUAAAUCCGGCUUUUCAAGAGCCCGAAGUUGAGUAUUGCCUGAAGAAGGUUAAAGUGAAAGCGCUCAUAAUGCCGGAAACAUAUAAGACGCAAAAUUAUUAUGAAAUUAUAAAACGCAUUUGUCCAGAGAUUUCAGACAGUUCUGAUGGGUGCAUAAAAAGCACCAACUUGCCUCACUUAAAACACGUCAUUAUCGACUCACGGAGCAGACUGAAAGGCGCACUCAGUUUUGAUGAUUUGCUUGGACUGAGCAACCCAGCCGAGCGUGAGGAUAUCUCUAAGUUGCAGCGCCAUAUAGUGCCAGACAGUGGCUGUAAUGUGCAAUUUACCUCCGGCACCACCGGACAACCGAAAGCCGCUGUGCUGUCACAUUACAAUUUCGUAAACAAUGGCAUACACAUCGGCAAUCGUAAUCAGCUGGACAGCAAUUCACGCAUUUGCGUGCAAGUGCCCCUAUUUCAUGUGUAUGGUGUAGUCAUCACGGUUAUGGCCGCCAUGACACAUGGCAGCACAUUGGUUUUGCCAGCAGCUGGAUUUAGUCCCGCCGACUCGUUACGCGCCAUUGUGGAUGAGAAAUGUACUGUCAUCCAUGGCACGCCCACAAUGUACGUUGACCUCAUCAAGAAGCAGCGAGAGCUGCAACUGCCUUUGAAAACGGCAAAAACGGCUAUUACUGGUGGGGCGCCGUGUUCGCCACAACUCUUUCUGGAUAUCAAGAAUGUCCUUGGAUUGGAUCACGUGCGCACCGUUUAUGGUUUAACCGAAACAACGGCGGUCAUCUUUCAGUCGCGUCCCGCCGAUAGUAUGGAGCAAAUUUUGAAUACUGUCGGCCAUUUGCAAGAUCAUGUUGAGGUGAAAGUGGUCGACGCCCAAGGGCAUACCGUGCAGUUUGGCGAACCAGGUGAACUGUAUGUGCGUGGUUAUGCCACAAUGUUGGAAUACUAUGAUGACGAGCAGAAAACAAAGGAAACCAUCGGAAAUAAUAGAUGGCUGAAAACUGGCGAUCAAUUUAUUUUAGAAGCAGACGGCUACGGACGUAUUGUUGGACGCCUGAAGGAGAUGAUCAUUCGGGGAGGCGAGAAUAUAUUCCCCAAAGAAAUUGAAGAUUUCCUCAACUCUCACCCGAAAAUCAUAGAAACUCACGUGAUCGGUGUGCCGGAUGAGCGUAUGGGUGAGGAGUGUUGCGCUUUUGUGCGUUUAGCAGAUGGCGUUGAGAGCAUCACACGUGAAGAAGUGAAAGAAUUUGCCAAAGGAAAGUUGGCACACUUUAAAAUACCGCGCUUUGUUAUACCCAUAAAUGAGUUUCCUAGAACUACUUCAGGCAAAAUACAAAAAUUCAAACUCGCCGAAGAAUACAACAAAAUGUAUAAAUAGUAACGUGCAAAUACUUGAGUUUAUAGCAUAACUUCAUACAAGUAUAAACAUACACAUGUACGCAUACUUACAUAUGGACAUUUAUAUCUGAUAUUCAAUAAAUAAAAUACUCAAUUGUAUUUCGAUAAACACUUAAAGCUCCGCU